CCUUCUGUACUAAGGAUGUCAGCGCAGCUGGCUAUAUACAGUAGAGGAGGCAACCAGCACCAUCGCCGCCAGUCGCCUCUCUACCGUGCCACGGCCCACAGACCACAGUUGUUGUUCGACCGUGGUGGUAAAAGGAAGCCUACGCGCCACUCUCGCAUCUUGCCCACCACUGAACGGCCUUCACAUUCCUCACCUCUAAAGAUGGGAAGCUGCCUCGGGUCGCAGUCCAAGGAGCAGACACAACCAGAGUCUGACAGGACAACCGGAGGGAAGAGUAUGGAGAUCAAGGGGAGCGUUGUUAUCAUCACGGGCGCCGCUAGAGGGCUGGGAAGAGCGUUCGCUGAAGCCUUGUUGGAUCACGGCGCAAAGAUUUGUGUGGCUGAUAUAGACAGUGAGCAGGGGCAGGCUACCGUGACAGAGCUACAGGCCAAGCACGGUGAAGACAAUGUCAUCUUUGUCUCCUGUAAUGUAACAAGUGACGACGACUUUAAAACGGUCUGGGAUGCUACAGUGGAGAAGCUAGGACCGGUGAAUGUGCUCAUCAACAAUGCUGGCAUUGGUAAUGAGCAAGAAUGGGAUAAGACAGUUGCAAUAAAUCUUGGAGGCUGCAUGAGGGGGACACUGCUGGCUCUGGAGCGCAUGGGCACCAACAAGGGAGGCUCAGGAGGAGUGGUGGUUAACAUUUCCAGCAUUGUGGGUCUCAAGGCCAAUCCUUUUGGCCCUGUAUACUCAGCUAGCAAGCAUGCCAUUGUUGGGCUGGUACGGAGUUUAGGGCAUGAUUUCCACUUAAAGAUCAGUGGAGUGAAAGUUCAGGCUUUGUGCCCAAGCUUAGUGAAGACAGAACUGCUGGUAAAUUCCAUGAAGAAAGCUUUCUCUCCGGAAGUAGUGCAAGCCCUAUCCAAGUUUGCAUCCGGCCUCAAGGACCUGACUGCAGAGACUGUGGCCAAUGGCUUGGUGAAGCUGCUGGAGGAGGGACGCAAUGGAGGUUGUCUAGUCGUGGAAGCAGAAAAAGAUCCCUACUACGUGGAAGCUCCCGUCCCUUCCUAGAUCACUACCUCCACAGUGCAUGGAAACAGCCAAGGAGAGACAGACAUAUGGGUGGGGGGAUGUUCAUAGCUGAAAACACAUCCCUGCUCUCUCUAAAACUGCCUCAAUAGUCUUGCCCCAUUCUACCCUUUGCUCUGAAGCACAGGUGGUGUGAGAUGCCUCUUCAUUUAAGUCCAGACAACACCCCUGGUGUCCAUGCAGUGUUAGGAACAGACAUAUAAACAAAACCAUCAUCACUCAGGCAUAAUAAGCUGACAAUCUAUGUUGUAUACAACACCAGAUCUGAUGAGGCCUGCAUAGGCAUGUAAGGUGCUAACAGAUAGAUGUGUCAUUAUCUAAUGAAGUUUAUGGCUAAAAUUUUCCACCAUUGAAUUAGCUUGGCAGCUCUUUGUCAUUAUAGGGUUUUCUUUUUAUGUUAGUUACAUUAUAUAUUUUUAUACGCAAUGCAUGAGUUCUAAUAUAUAGACAUAAGUUGUUGUCCUGCCCAUGUAUGUGGCAGCUGCAGUAAUCGUGACAACAGAUAAUCAAAGUUCAUUUUACAGCAUGGAGAAGAUUUUGGUCUAACGUAAAAUAUAUUACUGCAUUUCAUUGUUUACUUUUGUUAAUAUGGAAGAAAUACUCAACUGGCACACCAUCUCAUACAAAAUCAAUGUAAUAUUGUUCAGUAUAAAGCAAUAAACUUAUUUAUAUAACA